AUGGCGGAGGAGAGGUCGAUGGAUUUCUCUCUCGGAGGCCCACUAGGCCCAUUGAUAUUGCACACCGUCGCCGUCGUCUAUCUGUCCUCCCUUGCCGCCACCAUGCUCGCCUCCGCCUCCGCCGCCGCCGGCGCCGCCGCCGCGUUGCUUCCUAGGCGGCCCAAGCCGAGGCCCCACCUUAUCAAGCGCCUCGCCGCCGUGUCCGCCUCCGCGGUGACUCCCCCGUGCCCCCGGAGCGCCCGCUCGGGGGCGGGGGCGGAGGCGGACCCCACGCCGCUCUUCCUCCGCCCGGCGGCGCACCCCGUCCCGGCGGCCACCCUCGCGGCGUUCCGCCGCCGAGCCGCCGCGCUCGUGCCCCCCUCCGCGCCGCACCUCCACCGCCACCUCCGCUGGCUCCUCGCCGACGCCGCCCACGACACCGGCGGCGACCCGGCGCUCCUCCGCGCGCCUCUCGGCGACCUCGAGGCGCUCUGGCUCGGCCACGUCCGGGACCGGCGCCCGUUCCAGUACGUCGUGGGGAACGAGCACUGGAGGGACCUGGUGGUCGCCGUCAGGGAAGGCGUGCUCAUCCCGCGGCCCGAGACGGAGGCGGUGGUGGACAUGGUCGGAGAGGUGCAAGGGUUCGAGGCUGGGUGGUGGGCGGAUCUUGGGACCGGCAGUGGCGCCAUCACGGUGGCCGUGGCGAGGAUGCUCGGGCCGGAGGGGAGGGUGUUCGCCACUGACGUCAGCGAGGUCGCCAUUGAUGUCGCUCGGCUCAAUGUCCAGAGAUACGGGAUGCAGGAUAAAGUUGAGAUUAGGCAUGGCUUCUGGUUUGAACCCCUAGAAGAUCUGAAAGGAAAGCUCAUGGGUGUGAUUAGUAAUCCUCCAUAUAUACCAACUGACGAUCUACCUGGCCUGCAACCUGAAGUUGGUUGGCAUGAACCAAAGUUGGCACUUGAUGGCGGCAAAGAUGGACUUGACCAUCUGCUUCAUCUUUGUGAAGGAUUGUCAUCAGUACUUAAGCAUGGUGGUUUCUUUGUUUUUGAGACAAAUGGCAAUAAACAGUCAGAGUUUCUUGUCGAUUUCAUACGUACAAAGUGGGGUUCUUGUUUUCGUGAUGUUGAAGCAGUUUUAGACUUUGCAAAUAUCAAACGUUUUGUGAAAGGAUAUCGCAGAUGACCACUAAUACAUGGAUUCGAGGCAAUGUAUGGAUACCAAUUUUGUUCCCUCGGUUUUUUUGGGUAAGAACGAUUCCAUUUAUGAUGUAGUUGCAAGGCAAUAGUAUUAUGCCACCUCAGUUCAUGUGUAAAUCUUGGAUGUUCAAUGAUCUUUUGAUGAGGUUCUCUUUAGCUCCAGUAUGACACAUUAUAGGAUUUAGGAUGGUAUAAUUCAAGGAUGUGUUAUGGCUGCAAACUUGCUCAUUUCUUGCUCUGCCUCGGUCUAGCCGUGUUUCGUCUAAAGGGCAGACCCUUGAAGUCACUCUGCCUGCUUUCGGCAACUACAUUCAACUUCACCUGUCUGUGGGGCUUUGACUACAGUGGCUCCUUCGGUAUACCUCAAUACAAGACAAGCACUGGAAAGGAUAUGAAAGAAAAACCGGGCUAUCACCCUAUCUAAGUGGGUUUCCCCUCUCCUCUACAGGAGUGAAAUUUAUUCGAGAAUUAAGUGGGGGAAAUAAGCUUAUCCCAACUCGCUUGGGACUAAAGGCUAAUAUUCUUCUUGUUCUGUAAUUACGUGGGGUAGGGUUUGAAUGACUGAGCCUCCAUCUGAUCAUUUGUUCUUGAGUCAUGUUUUAGUAAUGAGCUGAAUAUGAAUUCAAUGCCUUGCUCGUCCUUGCAGUAAUGAUAUUAACAUACUUAAGUCAGCAAUUUUCAUGAUCAAUGCCUAGGAGUAGCCCCUGAACAUCUGCUAAACAGUUUAUUUGCAAGAUAAUGGUUAUUUGAUGGCAUAGAACCAAGCUGUACAUCAGUCAUCCUAUUAUCAAUCACGGUUUAACGUAUAACUCCAUUACUCUUGUCACUAUAGACCCUUGCCAUUUGGAAAAGGAGACUAACAUCCUGGUAAUCUGGUCUGACUUCAGAAAGAAGCGAACUACUCAUUACAAAAUCCCUCUGCACAGCAGCCAGAGCUUAUCACUUGCGAUUCAAGCUUCCUAGAGUCCUAAGCUGGCAAUUUUUAUAGUGCAAGUCAAUCAUUUUCUGUGUGUUUGUGAGAUGAUAAUUUUUGCCAAGUCUGCAACCGGUGGUCCAGAAGAAGCUCUGCGGUGACUGCGGUCGACAUGAGUCUUUGCAGCAGUUUGUGUACAAAAACUGUAUACUCUUGACCACUUGUGUUUGUGGCGUGUUGGGUUAUGAUUGUGGUUCAAAGGUGAACCUUUUGCUGCGUCCAAAAUUAUUCCGCCGUCCACACGCCACCUUGCUUGCUUAAUUAUUAGUGCUGUGGGGUGUGUUGCCCCAUUGUUAUUAUUUUUGUUGUCCUUGUCUCACCUCUAAAUCCAUCUCUAUGUCAAAAUUGUAUGGGAAAAGGUCUCACUUAUCUAGCAUUCUAGCAACUGGAAUAUUGUUCCAAUUUGGUGUUUUGCUGGUAAACAAAAAUAAUUCAAACAGAGGAGAUAUUUUCAGA